GGUGCAGAUUGUUUUAGUUGUUUGUACAUUUUAUCACGCUCUCCAUUUUUGAAGUUGUGAUUGUGUUAUCGCUAAUGUUACUUUGCAAUUAUCGAAAGUGUAAACAGCCCUUGAAAAUAUGUGCUAUAGCAACAAUAUGUCGACAUAUUUUCUGCGUUGAACAUAAUCCAUCUCUUAUAAGGACGGCAGAUGGUCUAGUGCAUUGCCCUGUGUGCCGCAACCGACUGAAAGAUAACUGUGAAAUAAUGGAGGUGGAUCUACAGCCAUGUGAACAGUUUAAGACAAUGAUAUUGCUGGGCCAAAGCCCAGAAACCAUUUUUGAUAUUUGCAAAUAUGCAAUAGAAUUUUAUUUUUACCAAAAAAACCAGGAAGUUAAAUACUAUGAAUAUCUCAAUUUCAAGUUGAAUGAGAAAGUGAAAACCAUACAAGCGCAAUGUAAGUCACUGUUAGCAAGUUAUGAGGGGAAGAAUCACAGAUUGCAAACUGAGAAAGAUGCGUUAGCUAAGGAAUGUGAAGAGUUAAGAGAUAACCUAGUGGCGGCAGGUCAAAAAAUUUCCCAACUUGAGUCGAACCUCCGUAAGCUUUCGAUACAAAAGUUACCGGCUUUCGAGAAACUGGACGACGGACACCCAAGGCCUGUUCUCCAAGCGCUUUCGGAUGAGACUGUCCGUUCAAAGUUUCCGAGGUGUUCACCUGAUUCCACCUGCGCCUAUGCCAGUCCAGUCAACUCUUCAUCCAUAGCUGGCUUCCAGCCAUUUAAUUUCAGGAAGCGCUUGGAAAGCUUCAAUAUUUUUGCCGGCAUGCGCCCAUCUCCAAUGCGAGCUAGUGAUAGAGAACGCACCAUGCAAGACUUUAGCGAAAACCCCAGAAACCAUUCCAUGCUGUCUAUUAAAAACUUGUUUCGUUAGCCUAUGUGCCUUAAAUGCUUCCUUUAAAUAUUCGUUUUUUCCAGUGUCAUUUUGUGGAUUUGACUGUUUUGAUAAUGCAUCAUCGGAUUAAAGGUUUCCUUUGUUUUUCAUAUCUGUAGAUGAAACCACUAAACGCUCUAAUGGCGUCAAAACUUUUACCCUCGAAUACGUGGUAACUUUGCUUACUGUUAUCUAAUAAAAUAAGAAAUAGUCUUUUUCGUUUG